AUGGAGCUCCCGUGCCACGACCGCACCCUACUCCGUGCACGGUCGCCGCCCACAGUCCACCCCGACGCACUCUUGACAUUGCACCCUAAGCCCAUCUUCUCUGACCCGGAGGGACCUCUUGCCUUCGAAGUCUUCACCAUUUCCAGGGACCAGGUCGCCUCCUUGAAGCACCUCUGCGGUGGCACGAGCACCUUUUGCGCCCUGAGCUCUCUCAUCUGGCAGUGCACGUGCGUUGCGCGCCAGCUUCCACCGGAAUCUGAAGUGCGCAUCGUGUUCCCGGCUGACCUCCAGCGCCGGAUGAGGCCACCCCUCCCGAGCCACUACUACGGCAACGCGAUGUUCAGGCUAUGCGUCACCGGCGCGGCGGGAGAAAUUGGCACGGCGGCAUUGGGAUCCAUCGCUGCCCGCAUCAAGGGCACCGUCGAGCGGAUGGAUGACGAGCUGGUGCGGUCCGCGAUUGACUACUUCCAGAUGGCUGAGAUGGACAAGAGACCGGCUUUGAGAGGGACCUUGCCACUGACGGACCUGCAUAUCUUACCAUAUGAAUACUGCCUCCAAAAGCUGUCCAGCCAGCGAAGUACACCAAUUCACACUAAUCUGGAGCUAAUGCCAUGUACUCAUCAUAACAUAGAAACAGGAAAAUAUAUCAAAGGAUGCCUCAAUUCAGUUUACAGAACAAAUGAAAUCAUGUUGUGCAGAGCAUACCAAUCUGUUUUGUGCUUUCUAGCUAGGGAUUGGAGCACUCCUUGGAGUUAA